CAAUAACAAAGCUUCCAUGGAAUCAACUUAUUUUUGGUAUCUACAACUAAAAAUAUAAAAAAAUUAAAUUUAAAAUUAAAAAUAAAACAUAUGAACAGAGGCAGUGGCAGAGGGUUCUUCUCUCCCAUUUCUCUCUCUCCAUCUCUCAAUUAUAAUCGCAGGAUUGGCCAAUUGAUCUUUCACAAAUUGCUGGCAAUUUAUUGAUGGUGAAGGAGAGAGGUUUCUUCUAGGGUUUUCUACUGACGAAACUGUGGGCUGCUUGAUGUGUAUAUUUAUCCAGUUCAUGGUUUUUGAUGUGAAUCAGCGCAAACUUGCCUUUUCUCUCGUCGGUCUGCUUCGUGUUUCGAUAUCUGUGAUGCUUAUUCGGGGUAAAUUUUGAGAUCUAUAUUGUUUAUCUCUGCUUUUAGGGGUUUUUGAUUGGGGUUUAGUCGCCGAAUUUCCCUUCAAUUAUUCUGGUUUUAGCCUCUUCUGAUUGUUUCGCUCGUUUUCAAGCUAUUUCGAGUAAGGAAUUACAAGAAGAAAAAAAGGGGCUAAUUUAGGGUAUUCAGUUUUAGGGUUGCCGUAGGGGCAUCUGCUCUUACUUUGAGGGUUUAGCCGUUUCUAGGAUGCAUCUUUUCCUCUUUUUGGAGAAUUGAAUUUUUGCUUGGUUGGGAGGUUUUCUCUUUGAGGAUCUGUUGGUUUCUGCAGUUAAUAGAUGGAAAAGACCAUUGUAUGCGAUAAUAUGCAAGUAGCUGACGAUAUUUACCCGGAUGAAUCCUUCUGCAACGAAAUGGAGACAGAGGUAAACGUCACUGAAAGUCCAAACAAUGAAAUUCAAGGUUUUCCGUCAGAAAGAGGAGAGGGUAGUGACGUUGUGUUCUCUAGAGAGGGACCCCUUGUAAGUAGAGAGUCUAGAAUAUCUAGUAGUUGUGGUUAUAGCUCGAAGAAGCACAAAUCCAGGGUGGCUGCAGUGGAUUCUGAACUUGCAAAGAAAGAGAAAGUUGGGCAUGAGAAGAAGCUCAGUAGACAGGACAGGAUUGAAUUGGGCCGGCUGUUUCAGAGUGCUGUCAGCUCCCAUGAUUGGGAACUUGCAGAGAGUCUGAUCCUCUUGGCAGACCCUCAAACUCUCAAUGAUGCGUUGUGUAUUACACUAGACUCCAUCUGGUUUUUGAGCACACAGCAGGAGCUUUAUGGGAUCACAGGGUUGAUUAAGAAGAUUAUUGCCAAUGGUGCUUAUGACUUCACAAGAGCUGCUCUUAGGACUUCUUUUCUGGCAUCUUGUGUCUCUGCCUGCCAGAGCCGAACUAUGAGUCUUGCAGAUACGGUAACUGUGAUGGCUCAAAGGCUGCAUGAGCGUCUCCAGGAGUGCAAUGGGGAUGAUGUUCUGAAGGCAGAAGCUGGUGCCAAAGUCCAGAAAUUUACUGAAUGGGCUCUCAAAUGUAUAGGUUUCCAUUCUCGCUGCCAAGGGAAUAGAGAUAAAGUGACGCAUAAUUCAGCUGUAGAGAUCCAACUCCAAUUAUCAGCAUUCAAGACUUUCUUGGAUCUUGCUGGGAACCAACUUACAGGAAAAGAUUUCACAGAGGCCUUUGAUGCAGCUUGCUUUCCCCUGACUCUCUUCUCUAGUUCGUUUGAUCCUGGGUGGGCAUCUGGAAUAUCAGCCACUGUAAUACAGGGAUUACUGGGUAUGUUAGUGGAGGGGGGUGCUGACAACGUAAAUCAGUGUUUUCUUGAAGCUUCGCGCUUUGGGAGUACAGAACUUGUGCGCAUUCUAUUGCAGAUUGCCCAAAGGAACAGCUUGGAUGUUGAUGUCGACUUGGCUCUGGGUUUUGCGUCACAUUACUGUAAGAUUGGCACAAUGGAGUGUCUAGUUGAAGAAGGUCAUGCUAUUGCUUUUUUGGGCCCAUUGAUGAGGGCAGCUGAGAGAGGAUGCAUGCAGGUUGUUCAGUGGUUUGUUAAAAGGGGUUGUCGGGACAUGGAGCUGUGCCUGGCACUAACUGCUGCUACUUCCAGUAGUCAAGUUCAUGUUGCGUCUUAUCUCCUCCCUCAUGUCCCUCAGCAUGUCCUUGCAGCACUCAGUAUUGAAAUUCUGAAGGCUGCUGGUGAAAGAAGUGGUGGAUCUCUUGAUGGUGUAGCAUUUCUCCUCCGUUCAGAUUUCUUAGGUGAUCCUGCAGCUACAUAUGCUGUUGCAGACAGCAUUGCUGCAUCCGAUGAUGAGGCUGUUCCAGCUGAGCUGAAGGCUUUUCUUAAGGAGCAGUGGUCAGAGGCAGCUUUUCUCAAUGGACGAAAGCAAGGACAACAACAUUACAUGAACAUAAUGAUGAUUUUGAAGCAUGGCAGUUCUCCUAUUUGCCUGCGAGAUCUGCCGGCCCCCUUAAGAGUGGCAAUAGCAUACCUGCCGUUGUACAGGGAGUGUGUGAAGGUGGGUGGUUCCUUGUUGUCGCAGAGGCUGAGGGGGCAACUAGUUGAAGCUGUACAAAGGCUUGGGGGUGGCAUCUUGGAAGAGGUGGGUCAAGGCAGAGAGCUGCUGGCUAUUUUGGAGCACCACCUACCUCCAUUUUUGGUUCAUGCUUCCCAAGUUGGUUAUUAGCAGAUAAGAACAAAAAAAAAAAAAGGACAAAAAAUUUAGGUGCUGGGUCUUUCAGAUUUUCACAUAUCACCUUUUUUACCUCUACAAGGUCUUAUAUGUGGCAUAGGUAAUAAUAACAAUUUACUGCUGGGUAAGAUCAAGGGUGGCACAAGGUAAAAAUCUCUUUGAAGGGUUUGUCACGUUUUCCUACCAAAUUACCCACCAUCAUGUGGUUGGCUUAAACCCAAAUAGAGCUGUCCCUCCUCUCUCUCUCUCUCUCUUUCUAUAUAUAUAUAUAUAUAUACAUGGAAAAUGCAUAUAUAUUAUAUAUACUAUAUAUAUACAUAUCAUCUAAUGGAUGUGUGUAUGUGUAUUGAAGGAUUUAUGAUGGAAAGACAAGAAGAGAGCACAAUACUAUGACAGACAGGAGUUGAGAUUGGUGAUGUAUGAUAUGAGGAUGUGGGGGAAUGUAUAUUAUAAUGUCUGAAAGCCUUUGCACUUGCUCUCCUUUAUCCAAAUCCUUAUAAAUAUUUUCAUUUCUUUACUUUUAUCAAACUAUAUAAUAUGAAAUCUCAAUGAAGGGAUAAUCAAGGAGUA